AUGGCGGCCCAGAUCUACUGGCGAGCCUCCGCGGCUGGCCAGGCUAAUGAGCUCGUCCUCGAGCACCUGGUAGCCGUGAUGGUCGCAGGCAAGGUGGUGUUUGCCUGCUGCGCGUCGGAGACGACGGACACUGGCGACCUCGUGGCGGCGCUGUCGGGCCUCGGCGCCGGGCAGCGCGCGCGGCUCCCGCGCCCGCUCGAGUUCGCUGGCGGGCGCUUCGAGCAGGUGAGCGUGCUGCGCGAGUUCCAGACCGCCACGCGCGCCAGGCUGGUUCGCUUCGAUCCUGGUGGCGUGCUCUUCGUGUGCAAGCUGGAGGAUCUCUGGAAGGAGCACGCUAUCAUGUGCGCACUGCGGAAGAUGAACGAGCGCUGGCGCGAGCGCGGUGUGGUGGUCGCCGGAGGGGUUGUGGAGGUCGUCACCUACGACAUCGUGCCCCUCGGGCGCAAGGUGGGUUUGGUCCAGGUUGUCGAGGAGAGCAGGACCCUGCGCGACCUGUCGCGGCUCUGCCAGCCUGGCGAGCGGCGCCUGCGGAUCUGGCAGGCGCUGCGGGGGGAUCCCAGGAGGCUCGAUCGCCUCGCGACGACCACCGCCGCCUGCCUCACCGCCACCUACGCCCUGGGCAUCCGAGACGGCCCGGCUCCCGCGGGGAGCUGGGACACGACGAACCCCUUCAGCUUGAAUUCCCUGUUCUUCUCCAACGAAAGUAACCACUUCCACUUCAGGGGGGAGUGCAAAGGUGAGAAGGUGGACCGCAGCUCCUCCUAUACCCAGAGCGACUGCUCCAUCGACGAUCUUGAUGAGAGACAUGGGAAUCUGGUGUCCGGCAUGCGGUCAUUUGGAAGCCAGUACUUGCGGCAGUUGCGCUCGGCGGCCUCGGGCACGGUCGGCGACCACGGCAAAAUGGCGGUGGACAUGGUGAUGUUCGGAGAGUUCGGGAGGGAUCUCGACAAGGAGAAGGCGGUGUGCGUGGCCGUUGCGAUGCAGCGCCUGGGCCUCGUCGGCCACAUCUCGCUGGUGGCCAGCGGCAACGGGGCACCCAUGCGCGCCCGGCUGGCCCUGGGCACAGCCAGGAAGCUGGAGGCCGAGUGCACUGCAGCGAUCGGCCACGAGGGCUCCCCGCAGGAUGAGGUCUUCCCGUUCGAGUUCGACCAUUGCGAUUACCUGUCGGAGGAGGCGGAGGUGGACCCCGCGGGGGGGCACGAGCUCGUGUUCACCGCCAUCGGCCGAGCAGCCCGGGAGGGCCGGCGGGUCUGCAUCGUCGUGAGCAGCUCGCUCACCGACAUGGCCGCGGUGUUGCGGGACGCCAGGUGGCCAGAGGCGAGCGCGGCGGUGUCCUGCGUGGUGGUCUCUGGAGGCGCCACGCAGCCGAAGGCUGACGGCAGGCUCGUCAUGGAUCCCGCGGCCGGGAACAACGCGUCCGACCUCAGGGCCGCCAAAGAGGUCUACAACAGGCUCCAGGCGAGCGAGAGGCCGCCGUUCUACGUGGUCAGCAGGCACGCCGCCGGGCAAUGCCAGCUUCAGCGCCUUGCGUUUCACGGCUCGCUCCACCCCGUGGCUCAGCGCUUCCAGCACGUCAGCAAAGACAUUGUGCAAUCCAUUUGGGCGCGGGUGAACAGGUCGAUGGCCGAGCGGAAACGAGUGCGAGACAGUCUGCCAGCCCGUUGCAAUGUGCACUGGUUUCGUGAGCAUUUUCUGUCAAAGGACGCUCCGAAGGACCUGAAGGCCACCGACCCGGUUUGGGAGUGGGCAAAGAACCUCCGGGAGACUUGCAGUGAUGGGCUCGCGACUGUUGUGGCGACGUUGGCGGACAAACCUGCCUUGAUGGUUGAUUUUUUUACGCCGCAGAAGAGUUCAGACUGCAACUUGUUCUUACUCGGCCUCGAUUCCACCAACCACGGCAUCAAUAACCCCAUGGCGCUCAGCAAGUUGAUUCACGAGUUGAUGAUCGUGUCCGUGGGCAGUGGCAACGGUGAGUGGUUCCGACUGGUGACGGACGUGGGCAAAGUGCAAGAGCCGGUCGACGCGAUCAUCAUCGGCGAUUAUGGCAAGGACCUCGACGACGAGAAGGCGCUGUGCGUGGCGUCCGUCCUGCGCGGGCUGGGGCUGAUAGGCAGCCUGGCGGUCGUGGCCAACCUGGGAGACUCCACGACGCGCGCACGCCUCGCCAAGGGGUCGCUGCUGACCCUGAACCAGACCGACGUGCCCGUGGCGGCCGGCUCGCACGGGGGGCGCGACGACGAGGAGCUGUACGAGCACGAGUUCGCGCACUGCGACUAUAUUUAG